GCAACACUCAUAUAUAAAGUGAUGUCAGUCCGUUAUAACGUUAUUCUUCUUACAUCGACCCCUUAGUUGUCGAACUGUAAGAUCUCUCCGUUAAGAAUCUUUUCUCACCCGGCCAAGCAACAUUAACAGAAACAAUGCGUGAGUGCAUCUCUAUCCAUGUUGGUCAAGCUGGAGUCCAGAUUGGCAAUGCCUGCUGGGAACUCUAUUGUCUUGAGCAUGGAAUCCAGCCGGAUGGGCAGAUGCCCAGUGACAAGACCAUUGGAGGAGGUGAUGAUUCCUUCAAUACCUUCUUCAGUGAGACGGGAGCUGGAAAGCACGUCCCCAGGGCUGUGUUUGUAGACCUGGAGCCCACUGUCAUUGAUGAGGUGCGCACUGGGACAUACCGUCAGCUGUUCCACCCUGAGCAGCUCAUCACAGGAAAGGAAGAUGCUGCCAAUAACUACGCCCGUGGUCACUACACUAUUGGAAAAGAAAUCAUUGACCUGGUGCUGGACAGGAUUCGCAAACUGGCUGACCAGUGCACAGGCCUCCAGGGUUUCCUGGUGUUUCACAGCUUUGGUGGUGGAACCGGUUCUGGCUUCACCUCUCUGCUGAUGGAGCGUCUGUCUGUCGACUAUGGCAAGAAGUCUAAGCUGGAGUUCUCCAUCUACCCUGCUCCUCAGGUCUCCACCGCUGUGGUAGAGCCUUACAACUCCAUCCUGACCACCCACACCACCCUAGAGCACUCUGACUGCGCCUUCAUGGUAGACAAUGAGGCCAUUUACGAUAUUUGCCGUAGGAACCUUGACAUUGAGCGUCCUACUUACACCAACCUCAACAGGCUUAUUGGCCAGAUUGUGUCCUCCAUCACAGCCUCCCUCAGGUUUGAUGGUGCCCUCAAUGUCGAUCUGACCGAGUUCCAGACCAACUUGGUGCCCUAUCCUCGUAUCCACUUCCCACUGGCUACCUAUGCCCCAGUGAUCUCUGCAGAGAAGGCUUACCAUGAGCAGCUCUCUGUGUCUGAAAUCACUAAUGCUUGCUUCGAGCCAGCCAAUCAGAUGGUGAAAUGUGACCCACGUCACGGCAAGUACAUGGCUUGCUGCCUGCUGUACCGUGGUGACGUGGUGCCCAAAGAUGUGAACGCCGCAAUCGCCACCAUCAAGACCAAGCGCACCAUCCAGUUUGUGGACUGGUGUCCCACUGGUUUCAAGGUUGGCAUCAACUACCAGCCUCCCACUGUGGUUCCAGGUGGUGAUCUGGCUAAAGUGCAGAGGGCCGUGUGCAUGCUGAGCAACACCACAGCCAUUGCUGAGGCCUGGGCUCGUCUCGACCAUAAGUUCGAUCUGAUGUAUGCCAAGCGUGCCUUUGUGCACUGGUAUGUGGGUGAGGGUAUGGAGGAGGGCGAGUUCUCAGAGGCCAGAGAGGACAUGGCUGCCCUGAAAGAUUACGAGGAGGUCGGUGUUGAUUCUGUUGAGGGUGAGGGAGAAGAGGAGGGCGAGGAGUAUCAGCAAACCUACGAUUUCCAUCUCAUAUUUAUUUAUUUUUUACAAAAAAAAUCAAGUUUGAAAAUGCGUGAGUGCAUCUCUGUACACGUUGGUCAAGCUGGAGUCCAGAUUGGCAAUGCCUGCUGGGAACUCUAUUGUCUUGAGCAUGGCAUCCAGCCGGAUGGGCAGAUGCCCAGUGACAAGACCAUUGGAGGAGGUGAUGAUUCCUUCAACACCUUCUUCAGUGAGACGGGAGCUGGAAAGCACGUCCCCAGGGCUGUGUUUGUAGACCUGGAGCCCACUGUCAUUGAUGAGGUGCGCACUGGGACAUACCGUCAGCUGUUCCACCCUGAGCAGCUCAUCACAGGAAAGGAAGAUGCUGCCAAUAACUACGCCCGUGGUCACUACACUAUUGGCAAGGAGCUCAUUGAUCUUGUUUUGGACAGAAUUCGCAAACUGGCUGACCAGUGCACAGGCCUCCAGGGUUUCCUGGUGUUCCACAGCUUUGGUGGUGGAACCGGUUCUGGCUUCACCUCUCUGCUGAUGGAGCGUCUGUCUGUCGACUAUGGCAAGAAGUCUAAGCUAGAGUUCUCCAUCUACCCUGCUCCUCAGGUCUCCACCGCUGUGGUAGAGCCUUACAACUCCAUCCUGACCACCCACACCACCCUAGAGCACUCUGACUGUGCCUUCAUGGUAGACAAUGAGGCAAUUUACGAUAUUUGCCGUAGGAACCUUGACAUUGAGCGUCCUACUUACACCAACCUCAACAGGCUUAUUGGCCAGAUUGUGUCCUCCAUCACAGCCUCCCUCAGGUUUGAUGGUGCCCUCAAUGUCGAUCUGACCGAGUUCCAGACCAACUUGGUGCCCUAUCCUCGUAUCCACUUCCCAUUGGCUACCUAUGCCCCAGUGAUCUCCGCAGAGAAGGCUUACCAUGAGCAGCUCUCUGUGUCUGAAAUCACUAAUGCUUGCUUCGAGCCAGCCAAUCAGUUGGUGAAAUGUGACCCACGUCACGGCAAGUACAUGGCUUGCUGCCUGCUGUACCGUGGUGACGUGGUGCCCAAAGAUGUGAAUGCCGCAAUCGCCACCAUCAAGACCAAGCGCACCAUCCAGUUUGUGGACUGGUGUCCCACUGGUUUCAAGGUUGGCAUCAACUACCAGCCUCCCACUGUAGUUCCAGGUGGUGAUCUGGCUAAAGUGCAGAGGGCCGUGUGCAUGCUGAGCAACACCACAGCCAUUGCUGAGGCCUGGGCUCGUCUCGACCAUAAGUUCGAUCUGAUGUAUGCCAAGCGUGCCUUUGUGCACUGGUAUGUGGGUGAGGGUAUGGAGGAGGGCGAGUUCUCAGAGGCCAGAGAGGACAUGGCUGCCCUGGAGAAAGAUUAUGAGGAGGUUGGAGCUGAUAGUGUGGAGGGAGAAGAUGAGGGUGAAGAAUAUUAGCAAAGCUUUUCACUUCCACUGCCUGUUUGGUUUCCUGUCGAUUGUCAUUUUUUUGUUUCCUUUCCUCAUUUUCCAGUUGUCAACUGGCUAAAAGGUCAAUCUUGAAUUAAAUAAAAUUUAAUAUUUACAUGUUUUCCUUUUUUCUUUCUUGAUUAAUGACCCUGUACUUCAUCCACUUUUUAGUAAUGCUUUUUUAAAAACACUUUUAUUAUGUAGUAUAUUUUAUUGUCAAGUAAUUGCUCUUUGUUGCGUUGAUUUGAUUAGAGCUAAAUUUAACACCAAGUGAGCUUAAUUACUUUUAAUACUUAGUUCUUAAUGCAGUGUUUUCAAGUUUUCAUGCAUUUUAAAGUGUUAAAAUUAUUCCACGGGAGAUUUUUUCUUUUUUUCUUUUUUUAUCAAAACAUAACUUGCUUAACCUGUUAAUCAACUAAAAUCCUCAAUCUUGUUUAAGUUUUGGUUUGUAAUAGUCUUUCUGAUUUCCUUAGACUCAUGCAGUUUUGAGUGUAGUGUUAGUUGUCUGCUUUGUCUUAAAUGCAGAGGGCAGUAUUGCUUUACAAAUGGCUGCUUUAGUCUCAGUGGCGCUCACUCUGGCUGAUGUGGAGCAGGUUGAUUAAAUGUUAAUUGACCAGUCUUUCUUUCUUGUAGGCUUUCUAUUGACUAUGCUAAUGUACAAGUGUUGACGACUUGCCACUUUAUCUGAGUGAAAUAUACUUCCCAUGUUUCAGAGUAAAUGGUGUUAGAAGAGGCCUGUGUACCACCCUAAUCCAAAAUUGGGCGUGGUAUUCAGACCCUGUCAGGGGAGAAUAUGUCAAGCUGGUGGACAGGUGGCGUUUAAAUAUAUAUUCUUUGUUCCAUCUUGUCUGCCUCUCCUUAGACAAGAGAAGAUACAGCAUUGACAGACAUUUUGUGGUUAUGACUGUGAAUGUAGAAUACACUGCAGAUAAUGGCGAAUGUAAUGCAACAGAAUGCAUGUUCUAAUGCUAACAUUCAAAGUAAAGAGAAUGACAGUUGAAUCACGUUUA